AUGAAUGGAACCGUUCCUGAUUGGUCAGAUCGACAACCAACAGCUGAUCUGAAUGAAACCGUUCCUGAUUGGUCAGAUCGACAACCAACAGCUGAUCUGAAUGAAACCGUUCCUGAUGGUCAGAUCGACAACCAACAGCUGAUCUCAAUGAAACCGUUCCUGAUCGAUGCUAGCAGUAAUUCUGAUCUCCAGACAUGUAAUAAUUGCAAAGUAAUCAAAUGUCCAGAGGGUUUCUAUUAUAACAAACAUUUGGCAAAAUGUGUUGAUGUAGAUGAAUGCGCAUCCAAUAAACAUUUUUGUUCGCAGAAGUGUAUCAAUAAGCAAGGUAGCUAUGAUUGUGAGUGUUUUGGCCCUUUGUAUAGACUGGCUCGAAAUAAUCGUCGGUGCUAUCGAACUGAUAAUGAAUCUGUCGUGUUUUUCUUGGCUCAUUCUCAUAGUGUAUGGAAUAUAACAUAUAAUGCAAAAUCUCAGCUUAAGUUGGUACCUAGCAAUAGAGCUGAAAAAGUGGCCAUGUUCGACUACGACUUGAAGGAAAAGAAAUUAUACUAUGUGGAUCUAACGAGAAAUUCAAUUCAGUAUGUAAAUUUGCUUGAUAGAAACAGAGUACAUAUCAUACAAAACCAUGAUAUUGAAGGUACAGAAGGAAUCGCUAUUGAUUGGAUACAUAGGAAUUUGUAUACUCUACGUUACAAGCAAUUACAUGUGCAACGUCUUGAUGGUCUUUAUAGAGCAUUACUUUAUGAUGGAUUUUUUCAAUUGCCUCGAGCUUUGGUCGCUUAUCCUUCGAUACGUGAACUGUUUGCAAGCGACUGGGGAGUGAAACCAUUUAUAGUCCGUCUUGCUAUGGACGGUACUCAAGCAAAAAAGAUCGUCACUGAAAGUUUAGUUUGGCCAAAUGCACUAGCUAUCGAUUAUUUCGCAGAACGUCUUUACUGGGCCGAUGCUUUCCGCGACGUUAUUGAAAUGGCAAAUUUGGAUGGAACGGGUCGACGAAAUGUAAUCAGUGACGAUAAGUUGGUGCCGCAUGUUUUCGGAUUAACGAUAUUUGACGAUACGAUCUUUUGGAGCGACUGGACUCGUCGUGGAAUUCUUUUUGCUAAUAAACUUACCGGUCAAAACUCAACAAGGCUGAUGGAGACUGUAUUGCCACCGUAUUCCCUCAAGGCAUAUCAUCCUUUUAUGCAAAUGGAAGCUCCUAAUAUUUGUGAAGUGACAACAUGCCAACAUAUCUGUGUACCGAAGCUUGACGGUUCAGGACAGCAAUGUCUAUGCGCCGAAGGAUUUAUCAUGCAUGAAAGCGGUCUUUGUGAACCAAACUGUACGAAACAUCAGUUACUGUGCUCACGGCCGGAUCACAAAUGUCUCAAUUUAAUAUAUCGGUGUGAUGAAUCGUACAAUUGUAGAAAUGGAGAUGAUGAAAUGGAAUGUCCUGUAUCGAUUUGCAUGCAUGAUGAGCGCAUGUUCCCUUGUCGUGAUAAUCGUAAAUGUAUUUUGCGAUCGCAACGAUGCGAUGGUUUCGUAGAUUGCUAUGAUGAAUCGGAUGAAUUUUAUUGUGCUGAUUUAGCUAUAGCUUGGAGCCAUUAA